UAGUCAAAACUGCAAGUUUAAAAUGACAGAUUAGAAGUAAAUUGUACACAUUGUACAUGUAUAUUAAAUUUUUCAAAAAACUGUUUAUUGUUAUGCUCUGUAUAUACAUGAAAUUUUUAUUCUGAAAUACUCUUAUUACGAAAAAUGCAUUUUUCAAUUCCAGAUACACAGGAAUUUAAUGAUGGAAAUGGUUCAACCUACAUUGUUAGGCUUUAAUAUACACAUAAAUGGUGUUUUCCACUGUUCUGUUAGAUACAGACAGCUUCACAAUCUCCAUGAGCAGUUAAAAAAGGAAUUUAGUAGUGAAUUAGUGCCAUCAUUUCCACCCAAGAAGCUAUUACCAUUAAGUGGAGGCCAAGUGGAAGAGAGGAGACUUUUAUUAGAAAAGUAUAUUCAAACUUUGGGCCAAGAUCCAAAACUUAUUUCUUCUGAGAUAUUUGUGGGAUUUCUUUUAUCUGCCCAACAAGAAACUGCAUGUGAAAAGAAGCAAGAGAGGACUUUAGAUAUUUAUUUACUAAAUAACUACCACAUUCCAUUAAAAGUUUUAUCCACUGACAGAACAAGACAAGUGUUAACUAAAGCAUGCAAGCAUCUGAAUCUUCCAUUGUUAUAUAUUGGAUAUUUCUCAUUAUUUUUUAUUAAAAGAGAAGAAAAUGGUGAGAUAACAAUUAUACGUAAAUUGCAGGAUUUUGAAUCACCUUACAUAUCAAGUAAAAUAUACAACGAUACCUCAUUUCGAAUAGUUUUGAGAAAAAGUUACUGGGACUCAGAAUAUGACAAUGAAAUAAUGAAAAAUCCAAUAGCUCUAAAUCUCCUUUACAUUCAGACAGUUUUUGAUAUAGAAAAAGGAUGGAUAAUUUGUAAUAAAGACAUAAAGACGGAAUUAGCUCAACUGCAAGCAUGUCUAGACAAGCAUAGCUACAUCGAAUUAGCGCGCACUUUAAAAUAUUACGGAUUUAUACAGUUUAAUCCUUGUUAUUGUGACUAUCCUGAACCACAGACGAAAGUUUUACUAGCCGCUGGAGGUCAAGAACUUUCACUAAGAAUCGUAGGUGAUGGUCCUUUUGUCAAAGAAGGAUGUUUUAAAGUUACACGCAUGAGGUGCUGGAGAAUAACAGCCACACAUAACAAGCAGAAUACCGCUGCAAAUAGUAAAUGCACUGGAAACCCCGAUUUGGAGUUAUCUUUUGAGUAUUUGAUGUCAAAAGACAAAUUACAAUGGAUAACUAUAACAAGUGAACAGGCCAUUUUAAUGUCUGUGUGCUUACAGUCCAUGGUAGAUGAGCUUUUAAUAAAGAAAAAUGGUGAUUCAAGAAAGGAAAAUACUAUUAAAGGGAAUUUGGUGUAUAUGAAAAGAGAUGGGUCGUCACACUCGGUUUGUUUAGACAAUCCAGAUGUUAAUCCAACACAAAAUCACUGUAACCCUUCUCCAAAAACCCAAGAAUCAUUUUCAAUUAAAAAACUUCAGGAGAAAUUCAGUACAGUUUCAUUUAAAAGUGGCAGAGAGUUUGUGGAAAACCACGCUUUUGAAGGCAUCGGUGAUGAUGAUUUAUAAUUAUUUUUAUUUCAUUAAGAAGAACGGUGCUACAAAAUACCGAAACCCAAUUUUAUACUCAUUUUUUGUACAAGUACAACGUAAAUUUUUGUAUAAAGUUACAUAUAUAGAUUAUAUAUACACUGUAAAUUUGUUGUUAAUUUUUUA